CCAUGAAUUACAGUGGCCAUUUUAUCCACAGUACAGAUCGACAGAUCGCUUUAUACGGUGCUUCUGUAAAAAGAAGUUUUAGCUGAAGACAGUUUUUCUUCUACACUAUCCACUUAGAGGACAUAAAGGGAGGCGCUUGUUAAAAUUCCCUUCAAUUCUAAGGAGGAAGGAGAAAACGUCGCACCUGCCCUGGAGGACUGGCUUCUUGUCUGUUCAUUUCAGUUUUUGCGGGGACUAGAGCUUAGUUCGAAUUUUAGGAGUCUCUAGCUCUCAGUAUGGGAUACUAUUACAACCACUAAUUAACUUCAACGAGAGGAGCUCCUAUUAUAUAUAAACUGUCAUACAAAGUUAGCAUCUCUUCAGACGUUUUUAAGAACGACCAAACUUCAAUUUCAACGCGCAGCUUUGGACAUUUGGCAUCAGUGUUCUUCGAAGAACUUUUGCAAAGCUUUGGAAUACUCUCAAGGAAAAUCCUCGGGAGUUCAUAGCGGAAUGACACCUAACGGCAACGCGAUAUUACUAACAGCUUUAUUAUAUUGUGUCACGUCGCUAAGCGGGCUGACAGAGGGACAUGAGUGGCUUGACCCGCAGCUGUUUCCUGCUGGUGACACACACCUGUAUCAUGCCAACAACACACUCAAACUCUUCUGCAGGGGCUCGACUCACCUGGAGUGGAGACUGCCCUCUCGGACCCUGUCUUCCGCAGGAGUCACGGUGGAGCCAUGUGGAAAGAGCGACGUGGCAGGAACCGGGCACAGGCGACAUGGACGCCAUUCACACUGUAGCAAGCUGGUCAUACACAACCUGAGUCGCAACGACACAGGCUUCUACAACUGCAGUCACCGUAACUCCAAACACUACCAGAACUCCACUUAUGUUUUCGUCAAAGAUCCUGUUCAUCCCUUCGUUCAGGCGUACAGAAGCAUUCCACACACCCUGUUUGUGUACAGACAUGAUACUCACUUGACAAUCCCCUGCAGAACAACGUCUCCCAAUCAGAAAGUCACACUGGAAACACUCCCUCCAAUGCUAAAGAGUGUAAGAGAGGAGUUGCUGUGGGACCCAAAGCGGGGAUUUCGGAUCCCCUUCGGUCCCUACGACGUCUACAGAAUGCUGAAAUGUGUUACCUCUAAUGACAAAGGAGAGCGUGUUGAGUCACUUUAUUUUACUCAGAGACAGACUACUAUGCUGAAAAAUGUGAAAAUCCACCCAGAGCGUGUGAGGAUCCUGGUCGGUGACACUCUAGUGCUCAACUGCACUGGAGAAACGACCUAUAAUGGCAGAAUCCAGUUCAAGUGGGAAUUUCCAAGGGAACAUAUGAAUCGUUCUCACGAGUGUAAGGGAACCAGGGAAAAUCCAUCCGAAGUCAUCAUUAUGUCUAAUGCUCUGAUCAUACACAACGUGACCAAAGAAGACAGGGGCUUCUACAAAUGCUUUGCAGAGGUCGAAGACAAUGCGAUGACAGCCAAAGUAAAAGUCGUCGUCUUUGAGGAGCCAUUCCUCAAUAUGACGUUUAAAGACAACAGAAAGCAGGUCAUCAGGGUGAUGGAAGGCACACAGUAUUUACGACUGGAACCGAAGAUCAACGCGCUGCCCGCGCCCGACACUGUCGUAUGGUACAAGGACAACGUGCCAAUCUCUCAGAACUCCUCGUGCUACAAGUUAUCGCGCAACGACCUCAUCAUCAAGGAGGUGCAAGAGAGGGACGCUGGAGUUUUCACCAUCGCUGCGUCGAACCAGGAGAAGGGUCUCUACAAGAACCUCAGCUACACGCUGUGGGUCAACGUGAGGCCAACGAUCUCGGAGGAAGAGGUGGCUCCCAUUGGUCCUCAGAUGUACCAGUAUGAGCAACAGCAUCAGUUCACCUGCACCGCCUAUGGGAUUCCAUCACCCAGCAUCACCUGGCUAUGGCAACCAUGUAACCUCAGCCAGGGUCUCACAGAGUGCAGACGUAUGGAUCAAGUUCCAGUUCUGCUCAACACUACAACCACCGGGAAUGAUUCACAUAAUGAGAUAGAUGUCAGUGUCAAAACAGAAAUGCUGAAUGGCAAAUUAAAGACUAUCAGCACUCUGUUUGUGAAAGAAGCUCGUGUGUCUGGUGUCUACUCCUGUCAAUCCAGCAACGAAUUUGGUAACCGAACACUGGAAUAUCCAUUCUACGUGGAUGAUCACCAGCAGCCCUUCGAGAUUGAGCCAGUGGAAGCCAUUGAGGGGGAUGACAUCACGCUGACCUGUCGUGGAACACGUUUCCUGUGCAGUGGGCUGAGCUGGUACGAUCCACAAAAUGGCCUGGUCCAGAACGUCAACUCAACCCUUGUGGUCCAGCCUUAUAGUAUCUCCAUCUCACUCAAACUGAAGAACGUGUCCAGGAACCGCACGGUGGCAUGCAGAGCAUUCAACCCUCUCACCAACAAAGAAGUCAACAUAACAUACACCCUCACCAUCAAACAGAGGAAACCACCUUUGGUGCAUCACAAUCUGACCAAUCAGGACGCAACCAGCGGGAGCACUCUCACCCUGGCCUGUCUGGCCGACGGUGUGCCCAAACCUUAUAUCACAUGGUACAAAAACAAGAUACCUGUGACCAAGGGAUCAGGGAUCACGUUCAUGGAUGACGAGUAUCUGAUCAUCCAGAGACUGAAGAAGGAUGACGAGGGAACGUACGAAUGCGAGGCCAAAAACACCGAAGGCCUGGCCAAGUACAGCGCAGUCAUCACGGUUGUGGGGGAUGAGGGGAAACCGAACAUUGAGGUGAUUGUGCUGGUGUGCACGGGAGUGGCCGCCACUUUCUUGUGGCUCAUGCUUGUUCUCUUCAUCCGAAAACUGAGGAAGCCCAGCUCUGCGGAUAUCAAAGCAGGCUACCUGUCUAUAAUCAUGGAUCCAGACCAGAUGCCAUUGGAUGAGCAGUGUGAGCGUCUGCCCUACGACAGCAGCAAAUGGGAGUUCCCCAGGGACCGUCUGAGACUGGGUAAAACUUUGGGUCACGGGGCCUUUGGGAAAGUGGUGGAGGCUUCUGCGUUUGGAAUCGACAAGCUCUCUACGUGCAAGACGGUGGCAGUCAAAAUGUUGAAAGGAGGAGCUACAAACAGUGAAUGGAGGGCCUUGAUGUCUGAGCUGAAGAUCCUAAUCCAUAUCGGCCAUCAUCUGAACGUGGUGAACCUGCUUGGAGCAUGCACUAAGGGUGGCGGUCCGUUGAUGAUCAUUGUGGAAUACUGCAAGUAUGGAAAUUUAUCGAACUUCCUUCGAAGCAAACGUGGCGAUUUUGUCGUCUAUAAGUCGCAGGAUGGCAAAGCCGUGCACUCGGGCUCGGGGCUGGACCUGAGCGAGCUCAUUAAACGUCGGCUGGAGAGCGUGGCCAGCACCGGAAGUUCGGCCAGCUCCGGUUUCAUCGAAGAUAAGAGCUACUGCGACUCAGAGGAAGAAGAGGAAGAACCAGAAGACUUGAACAAGAGGGUCCUCACAAUGGAAGAUCUGAUUUGUUACAGCUUUCAAGUGGCGAAAGGCAUGGAAUUUUUGGCUUCACGAAAAUGCAUCCACCGUGAUUUGGCAGCUCGGAACAUCCUGCUGUCUGAAAAUAACGUUGUGAAGAUAUGCGAUUUUGGACUGGCCAGAGAUAUUUACAAAGACCCAGAUUAUGUGCGGAAAGGAGACGCUAGACUGCCCUUAAAGUGGAUGGCGCCAGAGGCCAUAUUUGACAAGAUCUACACCACGCAGAGUGAUGUGUGGUCUUUCGGGGUCCUGAUGUGGGAGAUCUUCUCUUUGGGUGCCUCCCCUUAUCCUGGCUUGCACAUUGAUGAGGAAUUCUGCUGCCGGCUGAAGGAAGGCACCAGGAUGAGAGCGCCCGAAUACGCCUCGUCUGAAAUAUACCAGACCAUGCUGGACUGUUGGCAUGGUGAACCUUUGCAAAGGCCCACCUUCACUGAGCUAGUGGAAAGACUGGGAGACCUGCUUCAAGCAAGUGUACAGCAGGAGGGAAAGCAUUACAUCCCCAUCAACACAGCCUUGCUGACCAAAGAGAACCCCUCCAACCCAACCCCCACCGAGGAGACCACCAGACCCGUCUCUGUGAGAGACUCGGGCGGCACGUGGAACAUCAAGAUCCGCCCUGCUAGCGUGAAGACGUUUGAUGAGGUCACCAUUGAGAAUGGAACAAACGAGGUCCAUGAGGGAGGCCAGUCAGACAGUGGCAUGGGACUCUCGUCUGAUGAUCUGAAGACGCUGAAGCGCCUCGAGUCUCUCGCCCGCCCCCUGAGUAUCAUGGCUCUUGCGAUGAAGAGUAAGAGCAAGGAGUCCAUUCUCUCUGACGGGGAGAAGGAGAAGUAUCCUCCAGGUGUCAGUUCUCUGGACUUCAGCUUGGAGGACUCGUCCCUGGAUCCUGAACUCGAGUGUCACAGUCCACCACCCGACUACAACUCUGUGAUUCGCUACUCCACUCCACCCGUCUAGGUCUGCCUGUACCCAUGAGCCGGCAGGGGCCGGAUCCCUUUGCCCCUGGACAAUUCAAAGUGACUGGCUCAAGACUUUUUACCUUCGCUUCAGUUACAGCUCUGGACAUCCCAACUUUGUAGAAAAAUGCUUCCUCCCUUUUUUUUCGUUUCCACGUGUUCUUUUUUCAAAUUCAGUUUGCUUCUCGGUUAGGUUUUUAAAGUAGACUCUGCAUUUUGUAACUUUUGGUCAGUUCAGCCCAAUUUUUCCAACCAACUUCAAACUAGAUCUGUCUAGUGGGUGCGAGCACUUUUCAGAAGUAAUCCCAGUGUCAUGUGGCACAGAGUAUCCAGAAGAGACGCGUGUGAUCUUCUCUCUGUUUAGCCCAGAAUCUCAAGUGCUGCUUUUCCACGCCAUACAUCUGUGUUAGCCACAGAUACAGCUGUAGACCACCUCAGGUAUAUUUCCUAUCUACUGUGAAUACAACAAGCACACCACAUUUACAGCUUUACAGUGCAACUUUGAUCAAGGAAUGGAAGAAGAAUCAGAACACAAAUUUGGUGGCAGAGCAUUGUUAAAAUAUGAGGAAUAUUAAAGAUAUAUAUAUAUAUAUAUGUAUAGAUAUAGAUAUUAAAAGAAAACUAUCUCAAUGAAGAGGAGGCCGUGAACUCUUAUUGUUAUUUUUAUCCGAUCAGAUAUUUUAUUGAAAUGAAAACUGGAAAGUUAUUUGAUAUUUUAUUUAAUUUUUUUUAUUUUAUUACACUGAAAUCGUUUUCUGAAUUGGUUAGAGGUUUUUGCUCUUCAAACAAAUAUUUAAAUGAAAAAACACAGUUAUAUGUUUGAACAUGUUAAAGCUCAUGUUUAUAAAGGCAACUGUCAAGACAGCUAAUACCGCAGGUUCUGAAUAAUUGAAUGUGCUGUCUGAAAAAUGCCCCUCUGUGGAAUAUGGUAAUGAAACCCUAGCAGGCCGGACGCUUGGAUUAGGCUUUUUUUUUUGGUUUGUUUUUUGCCUCACCUCAUGGGUCAAUAUGAGGUAAAUCAUUCUAAGGUAAGUCAACAUUCGUAGCUUUGAUUUUCAUGACGAUUUUUUGUGCCUCUCAUGCAGGCAACUUUGAUUUAAUCACCUCACAGACGAGGUUUAAUCUUUUCGGACCAGGCUUGUUGGGGCAGCGUAGAAUAACUCGGCUAUGCUCUGGUCCACACUAAAACCUGUCUAAAAAUGUGUACACAUGGCCUGUUCUACUCCCAUGACUUAACUCCUCACACUGGGAAUAUAGUGUUUUCACUGAAGGAUUUUAUUUGAAUCUCCGCUUCUACCCUAGUGUAAUGCCAUUUUCUUUUUUGUUUUGAGACCGUAUAGGUUUAUUUUUGAAAGGGAAGAGUGUGCACAGAGACACACCUUAGAGAUUAUUCUGAUGCGUGCACAGCCGUUUGAAAACACGAGCUCCCUUUGGGAUUUUUAUACGGUCGAAACUGUCACAGGAAGCACUGGUGAAUAAAUAAUCGACGUGUAUUUAAUAUGAAACAUACGCCAUCAAUUAUUAACCAAGGUUUUAAUUAUACCAAAGGCUUUGUUCUGCCCUGCCUCGCAUUGAAACCGUUACAACCCAGUGACUAAUACAAGGCUUUUGUGCUGUUUACACUACUGUAUUCAUUAUUAUUAUUAUUAUCAAAAAAAAGGUUGAUUUUCUGUCAAUAACCCAAAUGUCAGUAAUGGGAGCAUUCCGUUAUUAAUCCUUUUAUUUUUAUUUUAUUUUAAAUGUUAACUAAAGCUUGCAGGGCAGGCUACAGGGAUACUAAGCGCAUAUAAUAUUGUCAACAGGCUGGUCACCACAUCGUAAAAGGUCAUUGUAAAUUAUGGUAUUAAUGCAGACAUAGUCAAUUAUGGUAUUAGCACAGACAUAGCCAAGGUUUUUUUUUUUGUUUGUUUGUUUCAGAAUUAACACCAUUGUAACCGUUGUAUUAUGAAAGGGGUAGUCUUUAGAACAGCCACUCUAAGAUUUUCACACCAGCGAUCAAGAGAGAUAUUAGCUCAUUGUUUGUUAACCACUUGUAUUAGGUGCCAGUAUUCAUAUCAAAAUUACAAUAGAAACCAUCUUUUCAAACAACAUGUACUGCCAAACCAUAUUUGUAUUAUUAUUGAAUCAUUGGUAUGUUUGUCUAUUGAAGGAGUUAAAAUAUAUGCACUGAUAUUUUUUAUCAAACAUAGAUUUUUUUUUCUUUGUUUGUUUUUGUACACUAAAUGUAUUUUAAUAUUAACCAAGCAUAAGGGUAUUUGAUUAAAUAAAGAUCUAUAUAUUUAUACA